AUGACGGACCAAGGCGAAAAGAAGGGUCUCUGGAGCCUUUUCCGAAGAGCCAGUAGCAGGAGACAAUCCACCAAACCACCGACAAAGGAACACCUCGAGCCCAAGGAAUAUCACCGGCCCCGCCGUGCAAGCAAUGGCGAUGCUAUUCAACCCUUUCCUCAAAACUCUGGUUCUGCUCCCGAUCUCAGCUACGAGAAGCGCCGCCCCGCGACCGCCGAUGACGAAUCUCGCGUCCGACGCCGACCUAGAAGGUCGCAGCCCGAACCUGAGCCCGAACCUCGACAAGUGAGGUCUACCGGCUUCUUGAAGAAACCCCGUGGUGUAAACGGACGCACCACCACCACUGCCCGAUCCCGUGAACCUCUUACCACCUCCUGGCCUCCCGAAGGCAUCUCUAUCGGCGACGAGUUGCCACCACAGCAUGCCUUGGAACUUGUCGCCCGCGGCGCUCCCUCCCACAAGGGCCACAAACGUCCAAUCCCCCAUCACCCCGAAGAGUUCUUCUCGCUUUACACAACCUCUGGUGGUAAUCGAUCUAAUGGCAAAGGCACCGACCAUAUGGAUGUCUCCAACCUUCACGACUCGAUGACCCAGCUGAUGACCCUGCGACUGCUUGGUCACGGCCAUGCCACUUAUCCAUGGGAAACACUCGAGCAGCCUAGCUACUCAUUCUUCUUUGGCCACUUGCCGGGUACCAUCACUCUCAAUGAAUGGGCCUCCAUGUCGAGCGUCUUGCCCCCAGCCAUCAUGCUCCGCGACUCCGGCGUUGUGCCCCGACCGAUGGAUCUUGAGAGCAUAUUCGACCGAUUGCAGGAGCUGCGCCAUGGUCUCGAGGAUGAUAAUGAGGCUAUGCUGUAUCGCAACCUUUACAAACGCAUUCUGAGGGACCCCGACAAGAUUUUUAGCCCCCAUCGGACUCUCGACAAGCAAAUCACCGACCUCAUCCUUGUCCUGUCGCGCCCAGAGUGGAUCGACUUUAGCAAUCCGCGCAACCAGGUCGCGACCCGCUUCAUCUUUGACAGAGGCGAAGAAAAUCGCGAACAAUACCAGAAAUUCUUCCAUCAGCUACUUCUCAGUCUGGAGCUGGAGCUGCGCAUUCAGUCACAACAACAUGGCGACUGGGCAAAAGAGAAGCUAACCUCUCAGAUCCCUCCCACGAUCCAGUGGAACCUGGCUCUGGCUCGUCGAUGGCAGAAUUUCGUCCGCGUUGACGACUUUGGCAAGACCCCUGAAGAUAUCCUUCUCCGUUACAAAUUAAAGAAGCGCCAGAUCAGGAUGCUGAGGCGCUUUGCCCAAAUGAUGAGGUGGCCGAACCUGGAUGAGACCCUUGAUAACAUGAAACAAAAAGACUCGGAGAUGUCUUUGGAUGAAGUCAGCUCUGAUGCCUUUGCUUUUUUCAGCGGUCUCGUACUGCCUGGGCAAACGUUCCCCUUUCUUAUCAUGAACACACUCCUUGAUCUCGACCCUGACAAUGCCACCAAUGAACUGGCCCUCCUCUCACACAUGCACCCUCAAUGCGGUUUCCAGUAUCGAAACAGCUACACAUACUGGUCCGCCACUUGCAUUGUAGGCAAGGUUCUAGCACCUACUUGCCACGGGGUUGCUGGGUGGGUCGGUCCCGCGCGGACGACAACAGAUCUAGCUCCAUCUCAGAUUGCACGUAUCCGCAGUAGAAAACCAAAGCAACGGAUGAGUGACAAGGACGUGGAGUCGAUGGGGGAGCGAUCCGACCCGCUGGGCCCGCCGGCUGAGGUCUAUCCCGUGGACGAAUAUCAGCCAGUAGCACCGAAAGGUGGCCCUGAUGAUGCUGUUGACACGGUGCGGAUAGAACUGCUGAGCCUCAAAGCUGCGGAUCGGCCCGACGGUGCAUCCCCCACAAGUUCAGGCUCACGACUGUUUGACGCGACGGUGCAGUUCGCUAUCGAUGGGGUAUCAUGGCCGUUGCGGCUCAUGUAUGACGUAUCUUUUGUGGCAGCAUGGCCGUGUUCCGAGGGGCCACAUCCACUCUUCUUCGACUACAUAUAUACAGCGAUCCGUGUUGACUCGAUAGUUGGGGUACGGGACUGGGGAGGCCUUUACGGGGGACCACCAUCGCAUAGUGUGCGAUCGAGCCCCGGUCCAGGCAUGAUGCAGGGACCGUACCGGGAUAUGUUCAGCCAUAGCUUUGGUCAUAACCGUCUUCAGGGUCACCUAUUCGACCAUGGUGCCAACGAGGAAGAAGACGACGACGAGAAGGUGCUCGUGGUUGAAGCGUUCGGGGUGCGCGAUAAUGAGGUCCUCGCUCGAGCUUGGUGCUCGCAUUGGGGCCUCAGCGCGAUCGUGGCGGAUAUUCAAAAGACAUGCAUGGCGUGUGCCAUCCGAGAAGCGUACGCGGCUACGCUCACAGUGGUGAUCCUAGUAGAAGGACAGGAAUACCCCAAUGAUGAUUAA